UGUGCUCAUCUGCUGCUGUUCUGGAAAGUUAAUGUAACAACAGAUCGUUAAAAUAAAAAAAUGCCUGGUUUUAAUCUCCUGUUGUACUUGAAAAGACUGCAGAUGAACACAAUAUUUAAAUAUUCCCACGGUGUGUGUUUAAUGUCGUCCUGCUGAGGUAGUCUCAUUCAUGUCUCUGUGGACUUCGGCCACUUGAGUUUUACAGAUGUCCCAGCAGCACCGGUGUGAUGGCUGCACUGACGAUGUCUGAAUUCAUGCUAUCACAGCAACACAUCAGUGAACGUGCAAAGAGGAACGGACACAUCCAGUUUCAAUCACUCAGGCUGUCAAGCUGUGGCUUCCUCUGUGGUUGUAGUUGCAAAAAAAUACCCAUAACAACAUUAUGGAUAAGAAUUAGAGUAGAUGAUUUCUUCAGCUCCCAUUUAAUGAUUUAUACAUCUAAACUACUAUGGAUUGUUAAAUGAUAGAAAGUGUUCAUUAUGGCUAUUAUAAUCUAAUAUCAGAGGUUUAUAACAUGGCUGUUUUACAAAUGAAUCCUGACAUUUUAUGCUCAGACUAACUAUCACAAUAAUGGUCAGGCCUAGAGUAACAGGUGAAGCCUAAGCUUCUGUUCCUGUCCAACACUACAGAAUUAAAAUGUAGUCAUCCCAUUCCUACAUUGUUUUUACUUUGAUGUGAUGCGCAAACUGUACUAUAUCGCUAUUUUUAACGUGCAAGACUCAAGGUAAACUUUAUUUUGCAUUUCGCGAGCAGGAAGUGAACACAUCAGAGAUGUUGCAAUUGUGUCAGCUCUGCUAUAAGAGGAAGGAAGGAGAGAUGGGCUGUUUUUAGAAAAAAAAAACAUUUGCACCAAUGAGCUCAUGCUGAUAAUGAUAUGCAGCCCCUCUUCUCCCGCAGUCUUGCUCACAUCCUCUGAGGUGGAGACGCUUGUCGGAGGCAGAGCGACUGCUGGAUGUGAAGAUGGGACUCGCUUCGCUCUGCGUGCUGAUGCUAUGCUUGCUGAAUCCGCUCAUCCACUGCGAACAGGCUGAAGCAGAUAAAACCAAGCCUGAUCUCACGGUGUCCCCAUUGUGGCCGAGUCCCGGUGACUCUGUAACCCUCAGCUGCAGCGUUGGAGGUCCGUCUGCAGGAUGGCGGUUCUACUGGUACGAGGCUGCCGCCAAACGAUCGAACGGCUCCAGGAGUUACGAGCUGCUGCCUGGCAGCGGCAAAGGGACCGAGGAGGGUUCCUUCAUCGUCCGUGGACAGACGCACACAGCAGGCUAUAAGUGCAGGGCUAGGAGAGAAGGCCUGGGGUAUUACACUGAUUAUAGUCAACCAAAGUUUGUCUGGUUCGGAGAUUCCCACUCAGCGUCGGUCAGAGUGACUCCUGACAGAGCGCAGCACUUCUCCUCCAAGCCCGUCUCGCUGAGCUGUGAGGGGAACUCAACCGAGUGGACGGUGAGGAGGUAUUCGGAGGCGGGCCACCUGUCGAACUGCUCCACCUGGGGGGCGAUGAGUGGGUCCACGUGCAGCCUCCACAUGCAUAAGAACAAAACAACGGUGUACUGGUGUGAGACUGCGUCAGGGGAAUUCAGCAAUGCAGUCAACAUCACUGUGCAAUAUAAAGAUAUUAUCCUGGAGUCCCCCGUCCAUCCUGUGACUGAGGGAAACUCCGUCACGCUUGUCUGCAAACUGAGGAACGGAACAUUCAUCUCCAAUGUGUUUUUCUACCGGAACGGAGAUCUCAUCCAAAGCGACAGAGGAGGGGAGCUGCAGAUCUCCGCGGUGUCGAAGUCAGACGAAGGCUUUUACAAGUGUGAACACUCAGGAAGCGAGUCGCUGCAGAGCUGGGUGGCAGUGAAAAUUGCUGCAGUGUCUGGGCAGGAAAGCUCCUCUUUUCCUCUGCCACUGAUCAUUGGGUUGAUUUGUGGCCUUCUGCUGAUUAUUCUCCUGCUUCUGUUGUGUUGCUGCAUGAAGUCAAAGGAUUCGUUCUUUGCCAGGACUCUGGAUCAGGGAGCGCACCAGAGUGACACUCGACCUAAAGUGCACUCCUCUCAUCUUCGUGAUGCGGUUGAGUCCAGCGACAUCACAUACUCUUUGCUCCAGCUCCAAAACAUGCAAAAUAAAGGGCGGCAUCAUGUACUUGGGGAACACUCUGUUUACUCCAACGUGAAGACAGGAUCAGCUGCAGGAAAAUCAUCUCCUGCAGUGAUGGCUGAAGUUUAUUCAGAAGUCAAACUUGGCUCUUGGUAAUAUGUGAUUUGAUGUGAUUUGUGCUGGAUGCUUUGGAUGGAUGCAUGCAUUUUUACCUGGAGGUUAUUUUGGACUUUUAAAAUCUUCGUCUUUCACUUUUUUAUGUAACAAUAAAGCUUUUUUUUUUGCAGCUGCAAGCAUAAAGUCGUGUUUUUCAAUCGCUUUUGUGUAAUUUUUACAGUUUUGUGCCUCACAGUAACCAAACAGCAAUGCAGAAGUUCACAACAUUGGUGGCACUAUUGCAUUUGAAUGCUGUGUCCCAGUUUCAUACCAAGUACUAAUGGUACAAAGUAUGUCCUGGAAACUAGUCUUUAUAGUAGCCUUUGCAUUUAGUCCAUAGGAAAUCAACCCGUUUUUCUUCCUCAUUCACUUUAAAAGUGUAAGGAAAAAGAGUUUUCUGUGUUGUAAAGAUUGCAAAGCUCCUAAUCAUUCUGGGAUAUAU